CUUGUCUUCAACACUCUCAUCCACAUGACCGGGAUGUAAGACACGUGGAGGUCUCGCGAAAAACACACGUCACUGGAAAUGGUCAUUUGCACGAAUGUCGUCAUUCGAGGCAACCGAACACAGUGCACGAAUGUCACUUGUCACCGCCAGCUCGUCACCCUUGCCAAACGCCUGAUAAUGACAACGAUCAAAGUCAUCGCACCCCCGGAGAUUGGAAUUCACGAAAUGCAAAAGCCAAUCAAAAACGAUGUACAAAUUGUUGCGGUCGACCCCAAGUCCACGAUCCACGAGACACGCAACCGGAAAAAAGCUCUUCGAGAUACGACUCAUCUGAAGGUGAUGCAUAGUAGAAACUCUUCAAAUCAAUUGCGGGCGAGUUUCGUGCGAGUAAAUUCUGAUCGACGGAUCAAAUUAUACACAGAUUCAGUCAUGCUGAUAUUUUUGUCUUCCAAGGACUCAUUUUUGAAAUGA